UUCGGAGCGAAGUUUUUUCUUGCUUUCCUAGGUUUCUGAACAAUACCGAACUAUGGUGUCUUAUAAAGUUUUAAUUAUAUUAACUGUACUAUUUAUAAUAAACUGUGAUUGUGAUGAUGAAAUAAAACAAAAAGUCCAAGACACAUUAAAGAGCGUUGGUUUUUCGGAAAAAAAUUCAUUUGUCAAUUUUCUUAUUGUACAACAAUUUGAAGAUCUACCUGAAUUUCGACAACAUCUCAAAAAAUAUACAGAAAACCUAAGUCAAUCGCAAGACACUCAAAAUUAUUCUGUUAUUAUCAAUAGUAAUAUUAUUAAGCAAUAUUUCAAUUGGUGUGUAACGUCACAAGACUAUAAACCCAUUAGUCCAAAAGACUUUUGUAAACCAUUUAAUUGCGAAGGUAACAUUAUUGCUAUAUCAUGA